CAUGACGACUGAAGGGCACAGGCACGUGUCAAAAUAGUAUUUAUCUUUAACAGUUUGCUUUCUGUGAGCCUUGCACAAGCGUCAAGAACAUUGUCGCCUUGUAACCAUGUCCCAUUACCCCUAAGCACGUGAAACCUAUGUGCGUUUGUGUCAGUGAUACUCGCUGUCAUCUGCUGGUCUUAUACAGCUAGGAAGUUAAUGGAGCAUACACAGAUAUGUAGCCUAGCAUGAGUCGCUAGCAAGCAAGUAAGGGUGUGUGUUAGAACUAGAGCUAGACCAUUGAGAAAACCUCUGGUUGUGCAACACUCUGUCGGCUGUUGACCUUGCCACUGCAGGCAGACAUACAGGGACAUGUGUGACUCCUGACAGCCAACAACAAUCAUGGCAACGGAGGCAUCGGUCGCCGCACCUGGGCGUCCUCAGAUCCCGAACCCCUCGCAGAGAGACUACUACUUUGUGCGCUCCUUUGCGGCUGGAGGUGUGGCAGGAUGCUGUGCCAAGACGACUAUCGCCCCUCUCGACAGAGUGAAGAUUUUACUACAAGCCCACAACCCUCAUUACAAGAACCUGGGUGUGUUUGCCACGCUCACGGCCGUGCCAAAGAAGGAAGGCUACCUUGGCCUUUACAAAGGAAAUGGAGCCAUGAUGGUUAGGAUAUUUCCUUAUGGUGCCAUUCAGUUUAUGGCCUUUGACAACUACAAAAAGUUUCUCAGCAAAAGAUUAGGGAUAUCUGGGCACAUCCAUCGGCUAAUGGCUGGGUCAAUGGCAGGGAUGACGGCGGUUAUUUGCACAUAUCCAUUAGAUGUGGUUCGAGCUCGUCUCGCCUUUCAAGUGACCGGACACCAUCGCUACACAGGCAUCGUAAAUGCUUUUCAGACGAUAUAUCUGAAGGAGGGUGGCAUCUCUGGUUUUUACCGUGGCCUGACGCCCACCAUCAUUGGCAUGGCUCCUUAUGCAGGUUUCUCCUUCUUCACCUUCGGCACCCUGAAGAGUCUGGGUCUGGCCCACGCUCCGGAGUUGCUGGGCCGGCCGUCCUCGGACAACCCAGACGUGCUGGUUCUCAAGCCCCACGUCAACCUGCUGUGCGGGGGCGUCGCUGGAGCCAUCGCUCAGACUAUAUCGUACCCUCUGGAUGUGGCACGCAGGAGGAUGCAGCUAGGAACAGCCCUUCCCGAUUCCGACAAGUGCACUACCCUCACAAAAACGCUAAAGCACGUGUACGGUCAGCACGGGGUGAAGAAAGGCCUGUACCGCGGCCUGUCGCUCAACUACAUCCGCUGUGUCCCCUCCCAAGCCGUGGCCUUCACCACUUACGAGUUCAUGAAGCAGGUACUGCACCUGAACUAACCCCAGACAGACAGCACUGCAGUGGCCUUGACGAGGGCGUCUCUCCUCUCCUCUGCUCUCCUGGUCUCUCCUCUCAGGCACACAGCCCAGUGGGGUAACAUGACGGCAGCCUCAGCCCUCAGCAGCAGCAGCUAACCCUGAUGCUCUCAUUUCAAAGCCUCAGGCUGCCGACCUACUGAGCUCCUUCAGCCUGGCUGUGUCCCUUUUUUUUGAGUGGGCUGGAGCUCCACGUCGCACGCACCAUCUUGCAUCUCACAGUACCACCUCCUGUCUUCUUAGACCACCUGUGGCUUUUGGACUCGUAGUCUGGCGGCUUUGUUCAUUGGUUACCACAAGCAGUGAAUUUUACAAUGUGAUUUGAGAUUCACCUUGUGGGGAGACGAGUAAAGACUUACAACGACCUGAGAGAAAUUGAACAUGUGAAUUGCUUGUUAACUGGUUACGGAAGAGAAAAACACCACCUAUCCAACUGGUCUGCCUUACAAUUUAGCCCACUCCCUCCCUCCUAUUUGUUUCCCACAACAGAAAGGCAACGAUGUGAAACGCCCAGUGAUUUGAUACUUCGCGGAGUUCACCAAAGAGUAACCAAUCACUGGCCGUUUCACGUCCUAGUAAGGCUAGAACACUGGACAUUGGGAAGCAGUGACUGAUAAGCCCUUGCUAUGGAUCACACCUUAACGUCAAUAGGGGAAAUGUUGUAACUGAAAUCAUAUAAAGAACCACAGUGGGUGGAUGGGAGGUGACUUAACUGUUCAUGGACUGCUUUUUGUCACACGGUUCCUGUUAAAAUCCGCCCUGUCUUGCCUGACAGUGUCACUCGGAAUGACCACUUGUGUGAUUUGAGUGACUGUAAAUCGCAUUUCGUAAUCGUCAGAUGGGUAAUGGUGAACGAUGAUGGACAUUUUGAGAUUUGGUGCCGUGGUGCAGGUUUUGGGUCCAAUGCCUUUUGUGUGUGUGUGUGUGUGUGUGUGUGUGUGUGUGUGUGUGUGUGUGUGUGUGUGUGUGUGCGUGUGUGU